UAUUUAUGCCCUUCCUUGGUCAGACGUCAGUUACAUGUGUCGAGGACUUUUCUAUGUUCGUAUCACGUGAUAAUUUUAGUGCUGCUGAAGCUGGUUGCGAGUGGUUUUUACUUGUUUUUAAAGUUUAGAGCCUCAUGAAUAUUAAUUAGGUUGGACAGCAUAAGACAAUCGCACAGACAGCGCAUUGAAAAUCAGCAUCCGUUUGAAAGGCGACAAGACUGCACCGCUGGAGGAGUGGCUCACAGCAGCACGCCGACACUUUUUCCAGUGUAUGUUUUAAUUUUAUCAGAUAAUUUUCAUUGAAACACAAAAGGGAGCUGCGAUGGCUUUGAGGGUACCACUGCUUCGUCUGUUCAGAGCCCAGCUCAACAGCGUUUGUCAGAAUCAAAAUCGGACGCAUUCCGUGGCUGUUCUGGGUGCUCCAUUCUCCAAAGGACAGAAAAGAAGAGGAGUGGAACAUGGACCAAAGGCGAUUAGGGAUGCGGGUCUGGUCGAAAGGCUUUCCAAUUUAGACUACCCUGUGCAUGAUUUUGGAGACCUGAAUUUCCCACACCUCGAUAAAGACGAGCACUUCAUGCAUGUGCCCUUCCCCCGAACUGUUGGCCAUGCCAAUCAGCUGCUGUCCAGUGCAGUGAAUAGCGCUGUUGGAGCUGGGCACACCUGUGUCAUGUUGGGGGGUGACCACAGCCUGGCAAUUGGUUCAGUGGAGGGACACUCCCGGCAGUGCCCAGACUUGGGCUUGAUCUGGGUGGAUGCACACGCUGACAUCAACACACCACUAACCUCGCCCUCAGGCAACCUGCAUGGCCAGUCUGUUGCCUUUCUGCUCAAAGAGCUGCAGGACAAGAUGCCCAACAUCCCAGGGUUCUCCUGGAUGAAGCCCUUCCUGUCUUCGAGAGACCUGGUGUACAUUGGUCUCCGUGACGUGGACCCUGGGGAGCACUACAUCUUGAAGAACUUGGGGAUCCAAUACUUCACAAUGAGGGACAUUGACAGGAUGGGCAUUCAUAGGGUCAUGGAGGUCACCCUUGACCACCUUUUGGCUAGGAAGCAGCGACCGCUUCACCUGAGUUUUGACAUCGAUGCCUUUGACCCCUGUCUGGCCCCUGCCACUGGGACACCUGUAAAUGGGGGCCUGACUUACAGAGAGGGCAUCUACAUCACAGAGGAAAUACACAACACUGGACUAUUGUCUGCUAUGGACCUCGUGGAAGUGAAUCCUGUCCUGGGGGCAAGCCGCGAGGCGGUGGAGGCGACAGCAGCACUGGCGGUGGAUGUGAUUGCGUCGUCGCUGGGGCAGUCACGCGAGGGCGCCCACGUGGCCUACCAUGAGAUCCCCUCUCCUAAAGCCGACACGGAACAACUGCGCCUCUAAGGCCUAAAGCUCUGACUGGAGAUUGCGGAGACUGAGGACUUUAUGAGAUAUCUCAUUACUUUGCAUUCCAAACACUUUCAUGAGAAGCCUGUAUGGGCACCAGACUAGAUUGUAGUCUAAGCAAUUAACGUUUGUCUGCUGAUGUUUAGCGAGGCCUUGAGCAAACCUCAAUCUUGACCCAUGCAAUGAUUUUGUCUCGCAGCCAAGUAAACAAAGACAAGGAGUUUACAUGGAAAGAGGUGAAGAGCUUCACAGAAACAGACAUGUUAGAAUUUUGGUUCGAUGUAGGCCAGAGACUUAAGCACAUAGUGCAGUGCCAUUUUAGUGUUUGGAGGGAUUUGCACUUAGGACCAGAUAUGGCUUUAUUUAAUGUUUUCCCUGGAUUUUAUUUUUGUAUAGUAAUAUUAAUCAUAAAAUGUAUUAAAAUAUUUGUAGACUGCUGUUGAGCAAUUUUACCUUAGUCAAAUUAAGUACCCUGACAUCUUUUAUUCUCGUGAAAUAUUUAAAUGAAAUUCAAAACUACAAAUAAAACCACUUCCCCUUUGUCCAGAAACAGUUUUUAAACUGUGCUGUAUCUGAGUUUAUGGUCCUGUCUAGUUCAGAAUAAAAGAGUGAAGUUGUAGUUGUGCACUUGAGCAGGCCAGAUUUAAUUUAAUAAAGUGACACCAAGUAAUCUCUAGUGGGGUCC